UCGGCAGCCGCCGCCGAGAACAGUCUCGCGUCACACGCAACUGACAUUUCAAUCUGACAGCCCGGCUGCUCAUCACGCGCCCUUCAAAAACCUAGUUCGCGAAUUAAGAAGUAAACGUAAUCGAAUUCAGAUAAAUAUUAAUGUGAAGACUGUGUUCCAUUCAAAUUGCGCUGACAACAUCUUGUACUGUAUACAUUUGUGCACUGUGCUGUAUAAUGUAUUGAGAGACUUUAACUGGUUCCGUACAUUGUGGAUAAAAUGGCUUUUGAAGACCGCUGCAGUCCUAACCAGGCGAACAGCCCUGGGCCUGUGACAGGACGAGUCCCUGCUCCUCACGCAGAGAACACCAUGAACUACUGCCCCCAAAGUCAGUAUACUUGCACCACAAUAGACUCAAGGUAUGAACGUACCUCCCCUAACAUGAUGAUAGUCAAAGUGCAGCCAAACUCCCCACCAAGUCCUGAGAACCAAAACGAGAUGGAGAGCUUUCAGAACUACUACCGACCGGAUACGCCUGACGUUAAACCGCAAAUCAACCAAGAAGACCAGAGAUUUGAUGCUGAGAAAUUAAGAAUUCAACGGCCACAGCCGUCGGUGCCUAUAGCUUUCUCAAUUAAUAACAUUUUACACCCUGAAUUUGGUUUGAACGCGUUAAGAAAAACAAAUAAAAUUGAGGGUCCGAAGCCAGUUGGGCCUAACCACAGUAUUUUAUACAAGCCUUAUGAUCUUUCAAAACCGCAGAAUGACCAAAAAUACAGCUUUGACUACCUAAAAUCUAAAGAGUCAGAGUUUAGCUCCCUACCUCCUUGGGGAUUAAGACAGACAGUUUCCCAAAUAGGGGAACAGGUACCCAAAGAGAGAGAGAUGCCUAAGAUUAUUGAGAACCAGAAGAGGCCUGAUUCUGCUAGUUCCGUGGUCUCUUCAACUUCGAGUGGUGCUCUGUCCACUUGUGGCAGCACAGAUACGAACAGCCAAUCGGGAAAUGGUACAUUAUGGCCAGCAUGGGUAUAUUGUACCAGGUAUAGCGACAGACCCAGUUCCGGUCCAAGAAGUAGAAGGAUGAAGAAGAAAGCUACUCCUGAAGAGAAGAGGCCCAGAACUGCUUUCAGUGCUGCCCAGCUUGCUAGAUUAAAGCACGAAUUCGCAGAGAACCGCUACCUUACCGAAAGAAGACGUCAAAGCCUGGCCGCAGAGCUAGGCCUAGCUGAAGCCCAAAUCAAGAUCUGGUUCCAGAACAAACGAGCCAAGAUCAAGAAGGCCACUGGGCAGAGGAACCCCUUGGCUCUGCAGCUGAUGGCCCAGGGUCUGUAUAACCACAGCACGGUCACUGAAAGCGAUGAGGAGGAGGAAAUAAAUGUGACGUAAGCCGAUGAGGUAUCAGAAAAAUUGUGUGGUAUGUGA